CCUAAUCCUUCCAUUUAAUCAAACGGACUUAACGACAGCCUCCCUUUACCUAACGAUCAUCACAUAAUAUGAUUUUAAAAAUGGAGAAAAAAGUUAUCGACCUUUUUUUUCCUUUAACAGAAAUUUUCCUUCAGUUUCCCAACACCCAAACAGCACCUUCCCCCGCAACUUUCAAUCUCUGACACAUCUCUGCAAAAAGCUCUGGAUAGGAAAAACUUUUGUUGCCGUUCUCUUCAAAAGAGAUUUGUCCCUUUUCUCCCAAAAGUUCCUCACCUUUCGAAUCUAUUCUCUCUCUUUCCCUCGCUCUAAAUUCACUUUCUCGCUCCUAAUCGAUCAUGCUUCAAAGCUUAGUUCCUCAAUCUCCAAUCAAUUCCAACCCCAGCUCCAAUCCUAACUCCUCGAUGAAGUCAAAGCGCGUCGAAAGAGACGUCUCCGCCGCCACCGGCGACCAUUCCUCCGCCGAUGAUCCUUCCACUAAGCGUCCUAACUUCUCCUCCGGUGACAAAACGGCCGCCAAUGAACAGGAAGACACUGUAAUCGAAGGUGAGUCAACGGGGCUAAGACUUUUAGGUCUCCUGCUCCAAUGCGCUGAGUGCGUUGCCAUGGAUAACCUCGAGGAUGCCACCGAUCUUUUACCUGAAAUCUCGGAGCUCUCUUCUCCCUUCGGCUCAUCUCCCGAACGCGUCGGCGCGUACUUUGCACACGCACUCCAGGCGCGUGUGGUGAGUUCUUGCUUAAGAGCCUAUUCUCCUCUCGACACCAAGUCGCUUACCUUAACUCAGUCCCAAAAGAUCUUCAAUGCUUUGCAAUCUUAUAAUUCGAUAAGUCCUUUGGUCAAAUUCUCUCACUUUACCGCCAAUCAAGCCAUCUUCCAAGCCUUGGACGGUGAAGAUCGUGUCCACGUCAUUGAUCUCGACAUUAUGCAAGGUCUCCAAUGGCCAGGAUUGUUCCAUAUCCUCGCUUCCCGGUCCAAAAAGAUCCGUUCAAUGAGAAUCACCGGGUUCGGAUCCUCUUCGGAGCUCCUCGAGUCGACCGGGAGAAGACUCGCCGAUUUCGCGACUUCAUUGGGGUUGCCAUUCGAGUUUCAUCCGUUGGAGGGCAAAAUCGGAAAUGUAACAGAUCUGAGUCAACUCGGGGUGCAGUCGAGUGAAGCCGUGGUGGUUCACUGGAUGCAUCAUUGCUUGUACGAUAUUACGGGGAGUGAUUUAGGGACGUUGAGAUUGUUGACUUUGGUGAAGCCGAAAUUAAUCACGAUCGUCGAACAGGACCUGAGUCACGGGGGUAGUUUUCUAGGGAGGUUCGUGGAGGCAUUGCAUUAUUACAGCGCGUUGUUCGACGCGCUUGGGGACGGAUUAGGUCUGGACAGCCUCGAAAGGCACAUGGUGGAACAGCAGCUGUUCGGGAGCGAGAUAAGGAACAUCGUGGCAGUAGGUGGGCCCAAGAGGACGGGUGAGGUUAAAGUGGAGAGAUGGGGCGAAGAGUUGAGACGGGUCGGUUUCCGACCCGUAUCGUUGGGUGGAAACCCGGCGGCCCAAGCUAGCCUUCUGCUAGGGAUGUUCCCAUGGAAAGGAUACACCCUGGUGGAGGAAAAUGGGUGCCUCAAGUUGGGGUGGAAGGAUUUGUCUUUGUUGACUGCCUCAGCGUGGCAGCCGUCCGAUUAAAAAAUAUACUAUCAUUUUUGUGUAUCUAAAAGUUUCUAAAUCUCUCAAGAUUUUGGUUUAUAGAUUCAUGAUAAUAACAAUAAUAAUAUUGGAGAAACAACUCUGUUCUCUCGUCAA